AUGCCUACCACUUGUGGCUUCCCGAACUGUAAAUUUCGAUCCCGCUAUCGUGGUCAGGAAGACAAUCGACACUUCUACCGCAUCCCGAAACGGCCACAGGUGCUGCGGCAACGUUGGCUGCUGGCAAUUGGACGUACCGAGGAUACAGUUGUUUCUCAGGCGCCAAAAUGUUUAUGGGAGGAAAAAAAUGUGAAAAAGCGAGUGGUGAAUUCAUUUGAAAUUGAAAAGGAGCGCGAAUUUCGCCACGAGAACACAAAUCUUCUUGUGUAA